AUGGCACCACUUACGCCCCAUUGGACCCAGCCGUCCCACCCGGACGUCCAAGAGGUCGUCAAGGCCAGUGAGACCGAAUUCCUCACAAAGAGCUUCUCCAAAGUCGCUCUGCCGCCCUUCGCCGUCUUCGCGAAGAUGUCCUUCCCGCCGUGUGACAUGGCCGACGAGCCCACGUAUGCCACUGUUCAGUGCGGGAAGGACAAGCAUCUCAACCUCAACAGCGACCUGUUGUACAUCAACCACUCAUGCGAACCAUCUCUGAUUUUUGACACGGGCAACUUUAACAUUCUGGCUGGCCCGAAAGGACUCCAGCCAGGUGACGAGUUGACGUUCUUUUACCCCUCGACGGAGUGGCACAUGGCUCAGCCCUUCGACUGCUUCUGCGGCACCCCCUCGUGCCGCGGCCGCAUCGCCGGCGCACGCGACAUGCCCCGCAGCCAGCUCGAGGGCCUCUGGCUCAACGGCCACAUCCGCGAGCUCCUCGACGAAGAGCGCAACGCGGGUCGCUCUGGAAACGACGACCCCACCGCGCGGGCGCUGAGAGACGCGCUCAAGGCCGCGGAGCAGGUCGUCGAGGCCGCCCGCUCCGCGUUGAGGACUUACACCGAGUCUUCUUCCGCCGGCGGCGGCAACGGCAAUGCUGCCCAGCAACAGGCGCACGCCAUCAAGAACGGCCUCAACGGAUCCAAGGCUAACGGAUCCAGGGCCGGCGCCAGCGCUAGGGAGCUGGGCGGUGAGUUGGGCGGCGAUACGCGUGCCGCCGUCUAG